AUGAAAUUUGCAACUGCUUUGCUUCUUUUGGCAAAUACCAGAUACAUUGCUGGGUUACCAGCUGGAUGCUAUGAUCAAAAUAUCGAAGAAAUCGGCCAUGGAUAUCAUGAUGUGGAAACUGCUGCUAGAGUUGCAAGAACUCUUGUUUCAAGAGAAUCCCUUGCCAACUUGAAUACCUAUGAUACAAACACUGGAUAUCCCGUUGGAUUUGUCGAGUAUUAUGCCGACUGUCAACAGGAUGGUGAACCAGUAAUGUUGAUGAUUGGAAUUAGCUCUUCUAAUAAGAAUAUCGCCGCUGGCUCAAAUGCAUCGUUGACAAUCCGAGUUGGAGAUCAUCAACCUGGAGAUCGUGUUGAUCCUCAUUAUAUCGGUAAAGUACCACACUCUGUUGCGGGAUCGCCUCGUCUUAACCUAAAGGGUCAAUUUAUAAAUUAUAAGCCUACACAUUCCGAGCAGGAAUAUUUCGUCUCAAGGCAUCAUGAAGCCAUAAGCUGGUUCCCUGGAAAUCCUAUCCAUGAUUCCUACUGGGUCAAGUUUAAGGUUGAAUCUAUUUAUUUUGUCGGUGGUUUUGGAGACAGAGCCUAUAUUGGUGAAAUACCUGCUGAAAUGUAUCUAACGGCAAAGCCAUUUCCUAGUAGAAAGAUUCCUCGUCGGUCAAUCGGCUCUCAUGAAAACGAUAACCAUGGUUCAAUUGCUGAUUCCAUUUCUUCCAUCGUCGAUCGACUUCACAUUGCAUUAUUCGGCACUUCACCUGACGAGUAUCUUUCCGAGUCGAUCGACCAGAAGCACGACGAUCCACAAACUUCAGAACACAUGAUAGUGGAUCAGACGAAUGAAGUUUAG